CAUCCGCCCCUCGAGUCGCACUGUACCGAGGAGACGGGUGGCGUUUCCGUCAUCACCACCGCCACCAUCAACAACAUCAACAGCAGCAGCAGCGAUAAUAAUCAUCAUUAUCAUCAUAAUAACAACGAAACAAUCGUCCUCAUUAUCACAGGCAACAGUUGUGAUAGAUAUAGUAAUGGUUAUAAGAGUGAACGUACAUUUACUGAGUAGGUGAACUCGUGAAUAAGACGACAUGGCGACCCCGGGUGGCAGCUCUCAGACAACGAGCACGGAGUAUGUGGUGCGUGUGCCCAAAAACAACACGAAGAGGUUCAACCUCAUGGCCUUCAACCCUGCUGACAAGGUGGACUUCUCUGCCUGGACACAGGCGAAGAUGGAACGGGACCUGACGAACAAGAAGAUGUACGGUGAAGAGGAGUUGCCCGAGUUUGGUGCUGGCAGCGAGUUCAGGCGCAAGCAGCGUGAGGAGGCGCGGCGCAAGAAAUACGGCAUCACUCUGCGCAAGUUCAAGAUCGAGGACCAGCCCUGGCUGCUCAAGGUCAAUGGGAAGGCGGGCCGCAGGUACAAAGGUGUGAAGAAGGGCGGGGUGACGGAGAACGCCUGCUACUACGUGUUUGCGCAGUGCGCUGACGGAGCGUUUGAGGCAUUCCCCGUGAGCAGCUGGUACAACUUCACGGCGCAGUCCAAGCACCGCACGCUCACUGCCGAGGAGGCCGAGGAGGAGUGGGGGCGGCGGAAUAAGGUGCUGAAUCACUUCGCGAUCAUGGUGCAGAAGCGGUUGAAAGAGGGUGGGGAAGAGGUCGAUGAUGCUGAUGAGGAUGGCAAGAAAGGGAAGAAAGGCAAGAAGAAGAGCGGUGACCUGCGCAUCUCUGAUCUGGAGGAGCACCUGCAGAUGUCCUCGGAUAGCGAGAAGGACUCCGAUGACAAUGAAGAGGGAAGCCAGAAGCGUCCGGACAAGGGCAAAGACAAGAAGGCCGCGGCCAAGAAGAAGAAGAAGAAGAAAGGCAGCGACGAGGAGGACGUGCUCGAAGAGAGCGACGACGGCGAUUACGAGGGGCUGGAGGUCGACUACUUUUCCGAUGAGUCCAGCGAGGAGGAGGAACUCGACAAUGAGAAGCUGAAGCAGUCGACGGAGAAAGACGUACAAAAAGGCGUGGACGAGGAGGUGGGCAGCAGCGACGAGAGUGAAUCUGAGCACGAGAAUGAGGAGGAAAAGAAGGAAGAGGAGGAGGAGGAAGGAAAGAAAACACCGGUCUUGGAGAAGAAGGAAAAGAAAAAGAAAGCCAGCGACACGGAGUCUUCGGAGGAAAGUGACAUUGACGACGCCACAUCCUCAGCCCUCUUCAUUGCUAAAAAGAAGCCGUCCCCACCGAAGCGGGCGAGGAAGCCGUCGGGGGGCAGCCGGAGCUCGAGCCGUGGGAAUAGCCGCCCCAGCUCACCCGCGGUGGAGAGCGGCACUUCCGCCACGCUGCGCGCCGCCGCCAAUAAGCUCGAGCGCGGCACGCCGGCUCGCAAGCUGCUGGCAGAAGGCAUGGACAAGCCGGCAGCUAAGCGACAGAAACUGGAGACUCCGCCCUCAUCGGGGAAAUCUACACCCAGCUCUGGUGACGUGCAACUGACGGAGGACGCGGUGAGGAGGUAUCUCUCCAGGAAGCCCAUGACUACCAAGGACCUCCUCAAGAAGUUUCAGACCAAAAAGACGGGGCUGAGCAGCAACCAGACGGUGAACAUCAUCGCACAGAUCCUGAAGAAGCUCAACCCUGAGCGCAAGCUCAUCAGCGACAAGAUGCACUUCUUUCUCAAGGAGUCCAGUGGCUGAAGUGUUCAGAUGAUGUUGGGGGACGUCGGGGGGAUGGUCAUUGCAGAGUUGGUGGGUCUUUGGUAGCAGCAGUCCAGGGGAAAUACAACUUGAGCUAUUAGACCAAAGGUCUUGGCCAUAUUCAGGGCAUUGGAUGAAACAAAUUCUUUCUCAUACGUUUUUUUUUUAUAACGUGAUGAGCUUCCAUUGCAGCUGUAAGAUGUGUGAAUGGAUUUCAUGUUCCCCAAAGUCAUAGCAUUUUGGCUGCUGUGUGUAAGAGUAUCAGUGUUUGUCAUAGGCAGUGUUGUUACCUGUAAUGUAGGGACUCCUUUGAAGACAAACUUUCGAAGCGUUGUCUUUGUAAAGGACUCUUUAAUCCAGACGUCCGUGUUUUUUUCAGAAAUUGUUUUUAGCUGUGUUCAUCAUAAAUGCAUCUCGUCUGCAUGUCAGUGUCAGUGGGUCGAGUUAUUCUCAUCUUAACCAUAGCUUUGCUGAAAAGUUAUUUUCACACAUUCGAUGAGUUUGCAGCAGUCCAGGUCCCAAUUGUAACGAAGUGUGGGACAUCACACGGAUGUGAAAUGCCCAAGAGCUGUUAACAGAGCCGUGUGGUGGUUUGUGUGUGCUCAAUGCGAACUUUUAGAGCGAAUUGUCGGCAGUAUCGUAACUUGUCAUGUUGAGUGUGUGACAUAUUUGUCAAUCAAAAACAUUUUCUUGCUGCUUUUGACGUCCCCUUUGUGAAUAAAUAACGAUAAAUUUGCACACUAAAGUUGACAUCGCAAAAAGCAAAUGUUGUUUACUCUACCAGAUUUUGUGACAUUUUGUAACUGACUUUUUUGUUCCCCAGAAAUAAAUGUACCAAUGCACACAC